AUGAAAUACGCAAAGCGUGAUAGUGGAUUCGGAGAGAAAUUAUUCGAAGUGCCAUUCCUCUUUUACACUGAUUUACCCUCUACUAAAAGAAAUAAUACAAAAGAUGAAAAGGCCUUCAUUAAAGGGUUCACAGAUCUCCGGCUAGAAGAAAUCUUUCCUCCAAAGAAUACCUCUCCAAAGAAAUUGAACAAAGUUCAUGACAGAACACUUCAAGAAACUCGGUCCGAAUUUCAGUUUUACCUCGGUUUUGAAAGUGAACGUAAAGAAAUACCAUAUCUCCAACUUGAAAAACAUCAUACUGAAAUUGAUGAUCGUCCAAUUGCUUCUGCCGCGUCAAUUAGGAUCUCAAGAAGUCUUCAGCUUAUUAAGGAAGUUCGAAAUAAAUUGAAUUCAUUAAAUGGGACAAAAAUAAAUCUCAAAAACUCGAUACAUAUAGGGCAAACCAUGAAGGGUGUUUUACACUCGAAUUGA